CAGCAGGUGGCAGUAUUGGUUGAAAGUAGCAGCGCUACACACUAGAACAAAAGGCGGAUUUUGUGUAUCUGGUGCUUUAUAAAUGUAUUUUUAUUACGUGAGUGAAGAUACGUGCAAAGAUUGCUCAUGAGUCCCUUGUUUGUCCUGAACAGUUAAACUGCCUGCUGUCCUUCAGAAAAGUCCUUCAGAUAUGGCAGAUGACGCUUUGUUUGAAUUCCUCCACAUGGAGAUUGUUGCUCACGUCUACAAGGAACAUGCCACCCGAGACGACAUUGAUAAGGAGAGAGUGACGUGUAUCUCUACUCUAGAAGCAAUGGGCUUCAGAGUUGGACAAGGACUGAUUGAAAGGUUUACAAAAGACUGUCCCACUUUCAAAGAUGACUUGGACAUAAUGAAGUUCCUGUGUAAAGACUUCUGGAGCACGAUCUUCAAAAAACAAAUCGACAACUUGAGGACCAACCAUCAGGGCACGUAUGUCUUACAAGAUAACAAAUUUGCACUCCUAACUCAGUUUUCCAGUGGAAAGCAAUACCUUGAAGAGGCACCCAAAUACUUGGCCUUUUCCUGUGGGUUGAUUCGAGGAGCGCUAUCUAACCUGGGCUUGGAAAGCGUCGUCACUGCGGAGGUUUCUUUAAUGCCGUCAUGCAAAUUCCAAGUUGUAAUUCAAAAACUCUAGGAUGGACUAAAUGAGGUCUGAACAGCAACUUUUCUUCAAUUAAAUCUUUGUGAAUGUGAAUUACAUGGAGCUAGAUUCUAUUUUAUAAAACGCUGUUUGCAAUUUGAAGGUACAUUUGAACAUGACAGUUUCCAUGCAUUUCAUAAUAUUUUUUUCUUUUUUUCCAUACCACUUAAAUUUAGAGACUAGGCCUGUUUGGAAAUCUUCUGAAUGUCGUAUUCUACCUCAGCUCUACUUAUUACAGAUUAAAUUGGUGUCACAGAUAAUCAUGGAAACAUAUUUUCAUAAACAUGACAUUUCGUAACUUCAUAACAUGUUUUUGUCCAGUUUUUUUAGACUCCUUUGACUGGAUGAGAUAUUUAAAAUAUUUAAAAUAGUUAGAUGUUAAAAUGUUAGAUACAUUCUUUUUACAGUUUUAUUGUAAAAGUAAAUUAUUUAUGUAUAUUUGGAACAGUUAAUAUCUUUAGUUAUUUCAACCCAGUUAAAUAAAGCCAUAAUUUAGUAUUGACACAUAAUGUAUUGUUUGGAAAACAAACAAGCAAAAUACAAUAUUGAUAGUCAUGUGGAGAAGAUGUAUGGAUUCUGUAAAAUCUGCUCUUUUAUUUAUUUUAAAAAUAUGUUUUUGGUUUAGGUAUGUUGGAUAAAUAGAGACAUAUGUCUCAACUGGUGAAGUUUUUAAGAAAAAAAAAAAUCUUGAUUUCACCAGAAGAGGGCAACCUUUGUCAGUAAGAUGUGUAUCUUCUGGCGUAAAAGCUCGAAACAUAAAAGUUUCAUUUGAAUGAACUUGUAGAAGCUUCUUGCACUUCAUUUAGUCUGAAAACUCUUUAUGGCUGGUACUUUAGUUAACUCAAGCUUUGUUUUACUAGCUGGUACAGUUUUUUUUCUGUGUAUGGUGCUUGUUUGUUGUUUACUGCAUAAUUUUGGAUGAAUUUAUUGUUACUCGAAUAAAUCAAGAAUUAAAAUA